UCGCCUCUGUGAGCACCGCAGUGGCUGUAGCGCUGCCUUCAGAGACCCGGCUGUGAGGCAUACAGGGUCUCACGGACUUUCUCUCCCCACUGAAGGAUCUGGUUAGCAUCUCAUUAUAAUUUUUAAUUAAAAUGCUUAAAACUCAGACGGCCUCGCUGUUCCCGUGGCUUGGCUGAGCUGCAGGAGGUGAGCUCUGAGGGGAGGCAGGGUCUCGGAUGUAAAUACGCAGCGGCCUGUGGCCCGGCUGCUGCCGGACAGUGUUUAGUGACACAGACGUGGCAGGAUAUCUCUGUCAGGGCAUCAGUCAGGCUGUGUAGGCAGCCCCGUCUAGCACUGUCCUACGACGGGCUUCCAGCAUGGGUGCGCUGCUUUUAUGUUUGUUAAAACCAGCGGAGUUGCAUCUGUGUAAAACUGGAAGAGCACAGCAGUGAUUUGAGGGUGAAUUUCUCCCUGGGAGGCUGAUGGCUGAGUGAUUUGUGUGACAGCAGCCUUGCAAGGCAAGUCUGCCUUGGCCAUAACCUAGUUUCCGUAAAAAUAGUGCUUGGACUUUAGGCAUCGUUGCACCCGGUACCGUGCCAUAAGGGAACAGGAAGAAAAGCUUCAUUAUUCUGUGUAGCCUACUUUGGAAUCACUGAUUCUUAACUAUUUUAGGAAUGGCGUUUUGAAUUGCUUCUUGUCAGGAAUGCCUCAUCCUCCCUGCUCCGUUCUCAUAUCUAGCAGCAAAACGCAUACCUGUACAGGGAGAGCUGCUGGGGUCAUCUUUCUGCUACCACUAAAAGUCUCUGUAAGUGCUUAGAGUAGCCUCUAGAAUUUAGAUCUUGUUAAUGUUUGAGGAAGGAGAAGACUCUGUAACAUGGAAAGAUUUUGCGUUCUCUUCUAUUUUGACUAUUAAAACGCAACGAAGCAGAAAUUCGCAGUAGCGUAGCACAUACCCUGUGUACACUGUAUGGAUACGUUUGGAGUGUUGUUGCUAUGUUUCAUUUUGUUUUAAGGAGACGAUACUUGCUCUUUGCAGGCUAACUUUCUAUGUCAGAAGAUAACAAGCUAUUCUUAAUUUGAAAGAGCUGUAUAAUAUAUCUGAAAAAAUGAUUCUUUCUUUAGGCUGUCAUAUUUCCAAGAUGAGACGUAGGGGUACAUAGUGCUGUCCCUGAUUUAGAGUGUUGCUCUGUACAGUCCCGGGCAGAAACCCCGUUGUUUUUUUCUGGUGUUUAGGGUGGGGACCUCAGCAUUUUAGCACAGUCCUGUUAGCAAAGUAAAACACGUGUCACGCCCCUGCCUGGGGACUGCUGCGUACGUGGGGGUCUGUGGCACAUACCAAAUGGGUCCUGGUUCUUCCUGGCACGAAUCAGAGCCAACAGCCUGUACACGGCACGUUUCUAGUCUCGCUGACCUGUGCUACCUCAUGCUGCAGCCCUCAUGUGGAGCUUCGGGUUUUGGUGAUACUGUGCACAGUCUGGUGGAGAACGGGCAUGACAUCUGGGAUGCUGACCAAUUAUUCAUGAUGCUUCUGCUUCACUGCGCUCUGCUUUUGCUGCUGCUGCCACUCAGCUCAAGGACACAGAAGUUGCCUACCAGAGAUGAGGAGCUCUUUCAAAUGCAGAUCCGGGACAAAGCAUUUUUUCAUGAUUCAUCAGUAAUCCCAGAUGGAGCUGAAAUUAGCAGCUAUCUCUUCCGAGACACACCUAAAAGGUAUUUCUUUGUGGUUGAAGAGGACAACACUCCCUUAGCAGUGACAGUGACACCAUGUGAUGCCCCUCUGGAGUGGAAACUGAGUGUGCAAGAGCUCCCGGAGGAAGCCAGUGGAGAAGGUUCAGGUGAAACAGAACCUCUUGAGCAGCAGAAACAGCAGAUUACUAAUGAAGAAGGUACAGAGCUGUUCUCUUACAAAGGCAACGAUGUUGAGUAUUUUGUGUCCUCUAGUUCCCCAUCUGGUUUGUACCAACUAGAUCUGCUGUCAACAGAAAAGGAUACACAUUUUAAAGUUUAUGCAACCACUACUCCAGAAUCAGACCAACCUUAUCCUGAAUUACCUUAUGAUCCCAGAAUUGAUGUCACUUCUCUGGGACGUACAACAGUGACACUAGCAUGGAAACCAAGUCCCACCGCCUCAUUACUGAAACAGCCAAUUCAAUAUUGCAUAGUCAUCAAUAAAGAACACAAUUUCAAAAGCCUCUGUGCUGUUGAAGCCAAACUCGGUUCUGAUGAUGCCUUCAUGAUGGCUCCAAAACCAGGUCUGGACUUCAGUCCGUUUGACUUUGCCCAUUUUGGCUUCCCUUCAGACAACAACUCGGGCAAAGAACGUGGUUUCCUAAAGUCAUCGUCAAAGUUUGGGCGCCAGAUGUCUUCAAAGCCGAGAGUUGAUCUGCAUAAGAUUUGCAUUGGGAACAAGAACAUCUUCACAGUCUCUGAUCUGAAACCUGAUAUGCAGUACUACUUUGACAUGUUUGCAGUAAAUACUAACACUAACAUGAGCACCGCAUAUAUUGGCACCUUUGCCAGAACGAAAGAGGAGGCUAAACAGAAGACAGUUGAACUGAAGGAUGGCAAAGUAACAGAUAUAUUUAUCAAGAGAAAGGGAGCCAAAUUUCUACGGUUUGCUCCUGUUUCAUCUCACCAAAAAGUCACCUUCUCGGUUCAUUCGUGCCUGGAUGCUGUUCAGAUCCAAGUUAGAAGAGAUGGAAAACUUCUCUUGUCUCAAAAUGUUGAGGGUGUACGGCAGUUUCAGCUUCGAGGAAAAGCAAAAGCUAAAUAUUUAAUUAGGCUGAAAGGAAGCAAAAAAGGUGCUUCCAUGUUGAAGAUUUUGGCUACAACAAGGCCUAAUAAGCAGUCAUUUCCUUCUCUUCCUGAAGAUACGAGAAUCAAAGCCUUCGACAGACUUCGCACAUGUUCUUCUGUCACAGUGGCAUGGCUAGGGACACAAGAGAGAAACAAAUUCUGCAUCUACAAAAAGGAAGUGGAUGAUAAUUAUAACGAAGAACAGAAGAAAAGAGAACAGAACCAGUGCUUGGGUCCAGAUACAAGGAAGAAAUCAGAAAAGGUUCUCUGUAAAUACUUUCACAGCCAGAAUAUACAGAAAGCAGUUACCACAGAGACAAUUCGAGGCCUGCAGCCUGGCAGAUCCUACCUGCUGGAUGUUUACGUCAUAGGGCAUGGAGGGCACUCUGUUAAAUAUCAGAGCAAAUUGGUGAAAACAAGGAAGUUCUGUUAGUGCCGCUGUACAUAGAAAUAUAUGGAACUCCAAUCAGAACAUUAUCCUACUUUAAGUAUACAGACUGACUACUUGCACAGCUGAGAAGCUGUGACCUUUGUUUGUACUGUGUAGAAAAGAUAUCAACUUGUAUAUUUAUGUUUACAUAAGUAAUUGUCUGGAGGAACUGAGGCUGGUGCUCCCUGGUAGCAUCUGGCAGUUGUAUUAUCAUGUGUCCAGUGACCCACAUGCGAUGCUCAAUAGAUGUCCAAGGUAGCAGGAAACCUUGAAGGAACUGGCACUCCUUUGCUUCCAUAUUGCAUGAACUGCUUCUAAAUUAUUUUAUUACUUAAAAGCCUGAGAUAAAUCAGUCAUCUACCUUGUUACUCACACACAAAACACACAGCCACACACCCUUUCUCUCAGUGUAGAUGGUAGGGUUUCUGUAAAUUAUUUUAUAGAGUCUUGUUUUAAAUGUUUAUGUUUCUGUGACUGUAAACUAUUAAAAUCUCUCUCCAUUAAAAUACAGAUCUAAACUAAGUAUUAACUGGGCUGCACAUGAAUCAGUUUCAUUGCUAAUGUAAAUUCUUAUCUAGCUCAUUUUCAUGUUUAAAUACUGUAUGUAUUUCAUGUACAAAGUUGCCAUAACGUUAUAUUCCUGUACAUAAAAUUAAAAAUACUAGAUUAUAUAUUGUUUCUUUUUUCUUGACAUUCUAAGGGGGAAGACAGACUUGGGAACAAAACAGGCAUGCUGAAACUUAAACUGAAUUCAGCUAGGACACGCCUCUUUGUUGCUGUUGUUCCUAAUGUUUUUGGGAAAGGUGACUGAAGUCCGGUAGAAUUACUGAUGUUAGGGAGUCAGUGGUUAAAAUUCUGCAAGGGAGCACAAGACAUUGAACGAGAGAUUUCAGGCAUACGUUGGGGCUGCUGUGAUAUAAGUGCUAAAGGAACAGGACAGCGCAGAGGACUUUUAGUUGUCCUGGGUGAGGAUAGAUCCUGUUUCGUCGUGGUUGCGAGCACUGCCAGCACUUAGUGUUGCUCAGGAGCUCUCAGCCCGAUUUGCACAGACCAUUCAGACAGGUAACACAGCAGCGGACUAGUUGUUAUUUUUUGGUAGAUGAUCAUUAAAGUCCUUUGCAUUCGGGAUUCUGCCAGUUUCUACCACAGUAAUAAUAAGCUGAGAGGAUUUUUUUUCUGUUGACAAGAAUGGUAGCGCUAAAAAAAAAAAAAGUGUAGUUCAAAUUGUAUUUCCAUUGUGUAGAUUUCUUUAAAACAUUAAAUGUCUGCAUCUCAUCUUUCCUGAAUUUUCUUAUUUCUUUGUUUUUUAAGCAUCACCUUCAUUGACUCAAAAACUUGUAUACAGCUGCUUAAUAGAAAACAUUCUUCCGAGAAGUGACUAGAACAGCACCAUUUGAAAUAGCUAAGUGGAGGAUACAUACAACAUCAGUCCCAAUAUUAUAGUAUGGUUCAAAGCCUCAGAACAGAUCACUGGGACUCAUUUUUCAUGGUCUCAUCAUAUGUAUUAGUCCAAACUGUUGGGUGCAGCACUUCGACAGUAGAUGUCAGGGCUUAUUCGAAUGCAGUCGCUGUCUCUUCCUUAGAUGCCUUUCCACAAAACAUGUUUGGACUCUCACUGCUUUGACUGUGGCACUUACAGCCCUCUUGGGCUCGGACAACACAUGGAGAAACUGGGGAAUGAGGGAAGGGGACCAAAACUCACAUAAGGUGGAAAGCGGAUUCCUCUUAGACUGCUCAUAGGAGAGACAGGAACUCUCCAUCCCUGUGGCGGUGAUCUCCCACGGCUGAGCUCUUCAGGAUUUGGAUUCUGCUGUCCCUCAGCACAGUGUAGACUGGGGGCAUCAUCAACAGUGUUUUGUGGCUGCACAAGCUCCCAUUUACUUUUGUAUGUAGAGUUUGUUGUUACGAUUCUCUCUAAGACAGACACAAAUACUCCAUGAAGACUUAACAGAAAAUGCUUGCUGUGUUUCAUGUGAUUAUGUAAUAAACCGAAUUACUGAAAUUUA